AUGAUGCGCCAAAGUACCAGACCCUUACGGGCUUUCUCAUCCGAAGUGUCAUGGAUCGCCCGCCGAACACAGGCCUCUCUGGCUAAACCAGGAGAUCUUGUUCCGAAUAAGCCAGAGAAGGCCAAAGCCGAGGCCACUCCCGAGCCCCGAUACCCUCGAGCCAUCCAGGCCCUACAUCUCAAGCCUUUAAAGCGUGAGGCAGAGCACGGUAUCCCCUCAUGCGAUCUCCAACUACGAUCCUACAGCGUACAACCCCUUGAAUUCUUCUCCGACUUCGCCCUGCGAGCCGCCUACUACCUGGGUCUCCCCGCCUACGGCCCCGUACCUUUGCCACGCAUCACAGAGCGCUGGACAGUCCCCCGAGACAACUUCAUCUUCAAGAAGUCGCAAGAGAACUUCGAGCGAAAGACAUUGCGUCGACUUAUCCAGAUCCGUGACGGAAACCCAGAGACCGUGCAGCUGUGGCUUGCGUACCUGCGCAAACAUCAACUCUACGGUGUGGGAAUGAAGGCCAACAUGUGGGAAUUCAGCGAGUUGAGCGUCGGCAAGAAGAUGGAUGCGCUGCCGGAGGCGGACAAGGGCGAGAUCGACGCAAAGUGGUCGCACCUCGGACAGACCAAGACAAUUGGUACAGUGGAGAAGGUUGAAGAGCUGCUCAACCAGCGAAGGUUCCAAGAGGCUGCUGGUCUGAAGAUGCCGCCUACGACGAGCGUGUAA